AUGAUGAUGCGGCGUCUUAAUAUUGUGGCGGUUUUCUCUUUGAUUGUUGCACUCUUCCUCUCGCAUUCUCUUGUUAUAGCAAAACGCCACCAUGAACAUCAUUCUCCGUCACCUUCUCCGGCGCACUCUCCGAGAUAUCAUCACCCAUCCCCUGCGAAGUCUCCGUCAUUACCGCCGAAAUCCGCCGCUCCGACGGUUCCUUCAUAUGGUCCUUCGUCACCGUCUCUGGCAACAACACCAGCAGCGGUUUCUCCGACGAUUCAUUCCCCGGCUCCGGCUCCCAGCCAUCAAAACCAUAGUUUAACACCGGCACCGGUACCGGCACCCGUAGCUUAUCCUCCGUCUCCAAAGAGUGGUCCGUCACCGUUACCGGCUCCGGUGGCUCAUUCUCCGACUCCAAAGAGUGGCCCCACACCGGAACCAGUGCCAGCGCCAGAUGCAGGAGAGAGUAGGAUUCCAGCUCCGGCGAGUUCUUCUCCGACGGGGAUUUCAGAUUCCCCUGCAAAUGACGAAGAGAAUCAUAAGGGUUCGGGUUCGAAAUUGGGUGUUACUGUUACCUUGUUUGCUUUAUCAGUCUUUCUCGUCUUGGCCAUGUAG